CUUAACAAUAGUAGUUUUUAAGACAAACGGUAUUACCACACAUAAAGGUGUACUAUAAUAAUGAACAAACUUUAUAUACUUAUAUUAAUUGGUGCCAUUUUGCUUGUGGGCACUGGUUUUGCAAAUAGCCUAAAGUUAAAAGGUCACAAUGGGUUUGGUAGUCAAAGCGAUGAGUAUACAGUAGGUCAAGACAAUGAUGACCAGAGUGAUCAAAACGGCGAUAUAUUUGACAAAUUAGAUGAUUAUGACGACGACAAUCAGUUCAUCACAAAUGAGGCCAAACAAUGUUUUAAUAAAAUUUUGGGCCCAUCCAUGUCGUGUGCCGUCGCAACUAUGGGUCACUGGAAAGUCAGUGCCCAACAAAUGCGAACAUUAUUAAACUCGAGGUCCGUUUGUUGCGCUUUUUGGCAAAUGUCCGGUUGUUUUACAGAACAGGCAAAGAAACAUUGCAAUCAAAAGGAAAGAAUUGAUUUUUUGAAUCACUUGUCUUCAGAAAUCGAGAGAAGAAGUCGUAAAAACUGUUCGAACUAUCCGUAUGUCGACAAUGACUGUAGUCUUGGAUUGCAAUCCAAUGGCCGACAAACCAUCAGAAAUGAAAUGUUAUACCGAAGAGGUAAUCGUUUUUCAGACGACACUGUACUUAGUCGUGAACUCAAUACACCUCAGUUGCAACAAUUAAGACCACAUGACAGUGAUGUCCAACAACACAUUCAACAACAAAAUGAUCCGUUAGAUCAACACAAUGAUGACAACCUAUUGGAUAAAAUGCAAUUACAAAAUGAUCAAAAUCAAGCAGAUUUCCAGUCUAUGCCCAAUAUUGAUGAGUUGGGUUUGGCAAACAAAUUGUUAGAUAGAAUCGAUAAGAUUACUGUAAAUCAGUAUAUUAUUGAUUUGUUGCCAUUAAGACAUCCUCACCGACAGCACCGAUACGCUAGUAAUAGGAUGGUGUCUAAAAAUAGAUUGCAACAUAUCAUUAGUGAACCGGUUGCUGAUAUGCCAUAAACUGUAUUAAACUAAAAUAGCCAAAAAUAUUUUUAAAUUUCAAAAUUUUAAUUUCUAUCUGACUAAACAAAAAUUAAAAAUAUAAUAUUUAUCUUUAAUAUUAUAAGCAAUAAAUAUCCACAUAAAUUGUGCUAAAUAUUUUUGAUU